AACUUUUAUUAAGCCUAUUCACAGCUGUUAAAGGGAUAGUUCACCCAAAAAUGAAAGUGCUGUCAUCAUUUCCUAAGUUUCAUUAUGUUACAAAACUUUAUAAAUGUCUUUGUUCUGAUGAACACAAAGCAAGAUAUUUUGAUAAAUGUUUGUAACCAAACCGUUCGUGGACCCCAUUUACUUCGAUGGUAUUCUUUUAUCCUAUUAUGAAAGUCAAUGGAGUCCAUGAACAGUAUAUCAAGGUUGUAUUUUCACAGUAUUUCAGAGUAUAAAACAAUAAAUCACACAAAAUGACUUUAGCUGGGAUUUCACAGGCAGGGUCACACAGUUUAAGGUAAGUGAAAGUUACUCAAUGACCAAUGUAUGGUAACCCGUACUUGGAAUUUGACUUCUGGUCUCAUAUUUCUGUAACAGUGGUAUCACUGCAAACUCUGUGGUGUGUCAGAAAAAUAAACAAAAACAAAUAACGGUACAUUAUCUGAACAGCACACAAAGGAUCUAGUUGGUCAAAAAAUGUUGACCUUGAUUACAUUUUCUCUUUCACAGUAUAAAAGAGGAACACAAUCUGUUUGCUUUUUGCUGUUGGCACUUCUUUGGGACAGUGGUUAUGUCUUGACUAUAAAAAGAGGCGAUACUGCAGCCCAUGUGAAUCUCACGGCAUCUUGUUGUCCACUCAAACAAUGUAACGUGGAUGGCUUUAAUGAUUGGUUCAAAGUGGACAAGUACUGUGUCAAAUACUUCAGUACACCUCUAAACUUUACUGACGCAGAGAACAGCUGUAGAAGAACAGUCCCUAGAGGACACCUGGUGUCAGUGCACAAUGCCGGGGCUAAUAACAACUUGCUCUCCAUUGUGACAAAGAUGAACCCAAAAAACUUGCGCAUCUGGCUCGGGGGAUAUGAAUUAUUUCAGUCUGGUAAAUUUCUUUGGACGGAUGGUUCCUUCUGGGACUAUGAGGAUUGGACUCCGGGUGAGCCCAGCAACCUCUACUCUAGCACGGAAGAAUGCGUGGAGAUGAACUGGAAAGAUGCGGGCAAAUGGAAUGAUGACUCUUGUAACUUUAAAAAAAACUACAUAUGUGCCUUCAAACGCAAGGGCAUCAUGGAACAGUAGACGGAGAUGAUUUAUCAGCCCUUAAAUCAUUUGUCGUCAUUUUUUUCUCCUCUGCAUCAACAAAAAAUGUACAAAAAACAUUUCUUCAAAUUAUAUUUCAAAAUCAUA